AUGACCCCCACUCAACGAGCCGACCCCCUCAGCCGUCUGAACUACGACUGUGUCAAUGUGCUUCUGGGCCACCUUGAUCUGCAAGACCUCGCCCACGCAGAACAGCUCAACCGGGCCUGGAAAGCUCAAGUUCAGCAAUGGAUGUCUAAACAGGGGCUCGUAAAUCACUUCCCCGAGUUAUGGAAGGAUAUGAAGGCAACGGGGAAGGCCGCUCAGGACGAAGGCAAAUUACUUCCGUUGUUUAAGCAACACGCGUCCGAGGUGCUUUACAAUCGCAGAAUAAAGGCCGGAAAGCCAGUCUGGGUCCAGGAGUAUCCAGCGCCGCAGAUUACGUUGAGAUUCCAGUCAGCGGGCGACUUCAUGGCCUGGCAAUGCAAGGAUGGUCUCUACUACCAGCGUAUUGCGCCCAAGGGGAAUACCGGUGCGACAUCGCCCCACCAAGUCAAGAAGUUGGACAUUCAGGUCACAUUUGCGCAUGAGGUUAAUUUACUCAUGCAUCCAAGUGGCCUAUUGUUACUCGUGGCCCGCAAUUUGCCAGGAAGGACAGUUCCACGUAUGGUGACCCCCAAUGAUUCCAAGUACACGGAACACGUGUUUGACCUUGAUACGGGAAAGCAGCUGUGGUCUAGACGGCUCCCAAACGGGUACACAAAUUCUUUUGGCACUUAUCUUUCGAAUCGCUCCCCCAUUGCGAUGGGGUGGGACCGAUUGUACCGAUACGGCCGUGUACCAGAGACCUUAGAAGCGUUUGACCUGCGAACGGGCACCUUGCUGUACAGCGUCCCGAUGGAGACCAGACUGCAUGCGACCUCGAACACACCGCAGAGCUGUGUGUGGCGCAUCCAGGGCCGUGACAUGAUCAUGGCCUUUAACCAUGAUAAAGAUGCCGGUGGCUUUUUCCUGCAGACGCUGAAGAUGGUCCUUAUGGACGCCGAAACAGGGCGCGUUGUCCAGACCCUCCCCAUUGAAAUGACCGCACGGGAAAACCCAGAUAUGAGAGUCUCCACUCGACCCGGGGAACUGGCGUUCGCAUUACUUUCCGAGGAGGGAUUCUGGACUGGCGCGCAGAAGACGGUGAUCGAGAUGUUUUACUAUGAUGGUGUAACUGGGAUGUUCAAGGGCCGAGGCAUUGAGCAUGUGGAUUGGCUUGGGAGGGAAGCGCAGUGGUUCCGAUAUGGUUCGAGGACUAAACGAGACUACGACCCGUUCAGGCGGCUUGCGAUCGGUUGGGACAUGCAGAAUCAUUAUUAUUUCGUGCAACCUUUUGAUGGCGAGGUCAAGCCUACACCUCUUUCUCGCCCAGGCCAUCCAUCCCCAGGAAUACAUGCAGGGGCGGGCCCUGUGGUGAACAACCCACCGCUAGGCCGGGAUCGAUACAAGAAUGGGUUUGUACAUCUAACCAACAAGCGCCUGGUCAUCAGAAUCCGUGGCGAUGAUCAGCCCCGCGGAAUGACCACGGUGGUCGUUGACUUUGGUUCAGCGCCUGUUGUUUCUAGCCAGCUGGAGCAUCCUGCGUGUUGUGUUGUAGCGUCUUUUAGGUAG